GAUAGAUGUACAUAUUGAUACAACUUCUGGGAAUAUUUCCUAAGAAAUACAAUACCCCAACUAGCAAAAUAACAGUGCAUCGCUUUUCCAUCGAAAUCGGGAGUGGAGCUAGAAAUAGAGUUUGAAUUUUUAGGGUAAACCAUACCUGAAACAUGGGUGGUCAAAGGAUUUGCAGUUUGCACGCCCGUGGGGCAUGCUAUGCCACUGCAUUGCUAGACUGCAGAAGAGGCCAUUGAACUGCAUUAGCUAGCUUCCGUUUUAGUGGUAUAAAUACCAGUUGCAGCCCAGAGCAUCCACUGCAUAUCCAAGAUGUUUAGCCAGCACAACGGUGCAGCAGCACAUGGCCUUCGGCUGCAGUCGCUGCUUAUCGCAGCCAUGCUCACCGCCGCAAUGGCAAUGGCCACGCCGACUGGCAGUGGUCACCACUUGCUGCCCCCCGGGAACCACAAGCUCUGCGGGCCCGCACUGUCCGAUGCCAUGGAUGUGGUGUGUCCCCAUGGCUUUAAUACGCUGCCAAGGAAACGUGAAAGCCUGCUGCUGGCCAACAGCGACGACGACGAGGACGCGAAGCAGGAGGAGGAGGAUGAUAGCAGCAUGUGGCAGACGCUGGACGGGACAGGUUACUCCUUCAGUCCACUGCUAACCAAUCUGUACGGAUCCGAGGUCCUGAUCAAGACGCGUCGUCGCUACAGGAGACACCUGACCGGUGGCGUCUACGACGAGUGCUGCGUCAAGACCUGCAGCUACUUGGAGUUAGCCAUCUACUGUCUACCGAAAUAGGACACUUGGCCAACACACACUCAUUACCCAGCAUGCAUACACUUAAACAUGGCAUUCCCACAUACAUCCUAUAUGUACACCCGUUCCCCCAACAGCAUUCGUAAUCCAAUUCGUAAUCACUUAUUUAUGCAGCACCAACUUUGACUAAUGAA